ACAUUCCGGUUUUGCUUACCUCCACGUCAGUCAGUCCAGGAGUCCAGUCAGUCGCGGUGGUGGUGGUGGUAGUAACAGCAGGCGUGGUGGCAGUGGUGGUGGUGGUUAUCGUUUUUCGCUCACUGACUCGCUCACUCAUUCACUCGUCAUCUUCGUGAACGUCUGGUCGGCCUACUCACAGCCUACUGAAGCCUACCUACACGGCCUUCUGCAGCCCACCUACACGGCCUACUCAAGAUGGCGAUGAUGGAGUACCUGCUGAGCCCGCGUGGCUUCAUCAAACUCAGCCAGAUGCUGCUGGUGGUCAUAACCCUGGGCACGUGGUUCGGCCUGUGGACAACCUGGCGGGAUUUUGUGACGGGCACUGUCUUCAUGGCCUUCUUCACGACGCUGGCAGUCUUCACCCAGAACAUGCUGGUUGCUCCCGCCCGCGUCCUGGAGAUUCUUAUGAGCGGCGUGCUGAGUCUGUUCCUGACUAUCUGCGGCAUCGUGGUGCUGGUGGAGGCGUCUGGGUCGCCUGUGGGGGCAACGUGCGGCGCCUUCUGCUUCUUCUCCGCCGUGGCUUACGGACUGGAUGUGUUCUUUGCGUUUAGAAUCGAGGUGGAGUGAGGGAGUGAGGAAAGCUAGGUUUACUAUAGUCUGGGCAUGAAGGAUUUGUUUGUAAUCCGUUUUCUGUUAGUUGUGUUUUUGUCAGUUUUCUUUUUUUUUCUUUUUUUUCUUUUUCCUCUUCGCUUUCAGUUACUGCUCUCUCUCUCUCUCUCUCUCUCUCUCUCUCUCUCUCUCUCUCUCUCUCUGGAAAUAGAAUAUGUUGAAAUAAGUUUUUUUUAUACACAUACUUUUCCUCUUACGUCAUUGUCAUGAAGAAAAAUAAAUUAUGAAUUUUAUUUCUUUCUUAUUCUUUUUUAGUAAAAUUAAUAAUAAUAAGACUCAGUAACGGUGGUAAUAGUGAUAGUGAUGGUGACUUAAUUAAAAUAGCGUUUUUUUUUAAUUACCGUACUGUGUAAAAAUAAUAAAGUAUAAUGAUAUUUU